UGAGUGUUCUUGUCCUUUUGCCUGAGUUAACCCGCAGCAGACUGCUGCUACGUCACUGCGCCAAUCUGUCAGGCUUUGCUGUUGACCCAUUGACGCAAACACAGGCCAGUCUGAGCGUAUUGAACUGGCUUUCCUUAACUGCAAGAAGAGAGACUGAUGUUGAACGAGAAAUUGUUGAGUCUGCAAGAUAGGAUACAAAAAUCUGAUACAGACAGUGUACUGGGAUGAGCUCUGGAAAUAGCUGUGAGAGUCUCAGCGACUCGCCUAUAAGCCUGAUAAGAGUGGUGGGACCAACAACACCCAGAAGAGGACCACAUACAUUCAAACUGAGAAUCACAAGGCAAUUCAAAAGCAAACCUCCCAAGAAGGGAGUCAAAGAAUUUGGAGAUGAGAUCCCAGGAAUGGAUGGUCUUAGGACUGACAUUACCGUGGUGUGUCCGUGGGAAGCCUUUAGCCAUCUGGAGUUGCACGAGCUCGCCCAGUAUGGUAUUAUUUGAACUGGACUACAGGAAGAUGCGUCACCUGGAUUUGUUUAGUGGACUAGACUAGUUCCACCUCUGGACCUGCAAAUGGACACUUGCACCAUUGCCUUGAAACAGUCACCAGCCUAUGAAUGCACAAUACAUAAUGUAGUGACUUAGGAUUAUUAAGGUUUAUAGGAUGAUAUAAAGCUGUGGAAUGUGGAGCAAU